CUUCCAUCCUGACCACACAUAAUCCUUUUAUCAUCUAGAUUCGACAGACUCGAAAUGAGCGAUAACUAUGAGGAAAAGCCUGACGCCAUUGGCAAAGAGUUCAGCGAUGAACUCAUGCCCGAGGAGCGUGAGCACGAGAUCGAGGCACGCAAUCUGCAAAGCAAUCAGUAUCUUGACAACGAACCACUGUAUGACCGGAUAGCGUUCGCACAGAUACCAGUGCACAUGAAGAGCCCUCGCAUGCUAGUUAUCACACUGGGCGUGUUUGCGGCGUUCAGCGGCAUGCUGAGUGGGUUAGACCAGUCGGUGAUCUCGGGCGCGCUGCCUGGUAUCCGGAAGCAUUUCAUCGCGUCAGGCGAGUGGGCGAGCAUGGACGACCCGAAACUGGCGACCGACAUUUCACUGAUUUCUUCACUGAUGCCGCUGGGCGCAAUGGCCGGCGCGCUCAUCAUGACGCCGCUGAACUUCUACUUUGGACGCCGAAACUCGAUUAUCAUCUCGUGUUUGUGGUACACACUGGGCAGUGGACUGUGUGCAGGCUCCCGUAGUGUGGGUAUGCUGUUUGCGGGCCGAUUCAUUCUGGGCAUCGGUAUCGGAAUCGAAGGCGGCUGUGUCGGUAUCUACAUCUCCGAGUGUGUGCCGCCAGAGGUGCGUGGCAACCUGGUGUCGGUAUACCAGCUGAUGAUCGCAUUCGGUGAGAUCAUCGGAUACGCCGCCGGCGGCGUUUUCUUUGACAUCCCGUCAGGCAGCUGGCGCUGGAUGCUGGGCUCGUCUCUCUUGUUUUCAACGAUCCUCCUGGUUGGGAUGGCCUUCCUGCCAGAAUCACCGCGCUGGCUGGCAUCCAAGGGCAAGUACGGGCGCGCGUGGCGGGUGUGGAAGUCGCUGCGCGACAUGGCCGACCCAAAAAGCCUGGACGAGUACCUUGCGAUGGAACUUUCAGUCAAACAUGAUGUCGACCAGUCCGCGAACGAGAAAUGGCAUCAGAGGUAUCUGGAGGUGUGCAGGACGCCGCGCAACCGACGGGCGCUUGUAUAUGCCACGGCUAUGAUAUUUUUCGGGCAGAUGACGGGCAUCAAUGCGGUGAUGUACAAUAUGUCAAACUUGAUGGCCAAGAUGAACUUUGAUGACCGCGAGUCAGUGCUGAUGUCGAUGGUGGGCGGUGGCGCGUUGUUCCUGGGAACAAUUCCUGCUGUGUUCACGAUGGACAAGUUUGGGCGCCGGGUCUGGGCGCAAAACAUCCUGAUGUUCAUCGUGGGUCUGGCGCUGGUGGGCGUCGGCUACCUAUACACGAACAAUGGUGUUGAUUAUUUCAAUGAGCACAAGGCAACGGCCUUGGGGUUGUUUUUCUCCGGCCUGGUGCUGUACAUGGCGUUCUUCGGGGCAUAUUCGUGCCUGACCUGGGUAGUGCCAGCAGAGAGCUUUGGUUUUAGCACCCGCAGCCAGGGCAUGGCAAUCUGCUCUGUAUUCCUUUAUCUGUGGUCAUUCAUUGUGACAUACAACUUCGAAGGGAUGCAGAAAGCGAUGACCUACACCGGCCUGACAAUCGGUUUCUUCGGCGGCUUGGCCGCGCUAGGCUUCUUUUACCAGCUGUUCUUUAUGCCCGAGACCAAAGACAAAACAUUGGAGGAGAUCGACGAGUUGUUUCUAAUGCCGACAAGUAAGCUGGUUGCGCUGAACACAAGCAAUCUGCUUAAGCCCUUCCGGCGGCGAUACCGGCCAGAGCAGGUCGACAACUACAACCCCUAAGUAGUUGUUCUUUUCACUUACCAGACCAACGUUCAUGGUACCAAUAAAGAGCGACAAGGUUACUCAAGUUGAAUGUAAUGAAAUCAUGAGGACUAAUACAUCGCUGCCAUUGCAUAACACAUGUUGUUCCAAUCAAAGAGGACGCAACAGCGUAUAGCGAGAUUCUGCAUAUCUGAUAAACAUGUUUACCACCUACUACCUUCCAUGCGAAGCCUAUCAUCUGAUCAUGAUUUGACUUCUGAUUCUCUUUUUUUAUAAACCUGAUAUAAGAAGUAUCAACGCUCACAGUCUCAACAGCAAGUUUGGCCGGUCCCUGAUAAAAGGCUCAACACUGUUUCUGUAGCCGCUCUUCACCCGCAGGCCUCUUGUGAAGCGGAACGCCUAGGUAAAUAAAAAAAAUUACUCAUAGCAUAGAAGUAAUUUCUUGUCGGGGCUAAUACGGCCCAUUGGUAUGGGUUAAAUCAAUAGGCAACUCCAUC